CUCUUUUUUAUUAUUAUUAUUAUUAUUACACAUUUAUAAAUGGUCAAGAUUCUAUUUUAUUUUUCUUUAUUCAUCUUGGUAAUCUAUCAUGUACUUCAAUGUCAAGCAACGAUUACAAUACUUGAAACCAAUGAUACACUCGUAGAUCGUACAGCAGCCUUUGGGCCUCGAAUAGAAGGACAGAUUAUAGGCCAGUUACAGAUACCAAUGGGUACGAAUGAUUCAUUUGGAUGUAUUCCUAUAGCAAAUAAAUUAAAAAAUUGGAUUGCACUUGUCGAAAGAGGACAAUGCUCCUUCUUACAAAAAGUGAGAGCUAUGCAAGCGAGUGGAUCUAUAGCAGUUAUUGUAGGUGAUAAGCAUUUUAAUGGAUGGGUGACUAUGUAUGCACCAGGUGAUACUUCUGAUGUACAUAUUCCAAGUGUAUUUGUAGCACAGCAUCAAUAUAAAACAUUAUUACACUUGUUUAAUACUACAAAACCUAUACUAGUAAAGUUAUCAGGAGAUGAUUUAUUAACAUGGCCAUUGUUAGAUAUGUUAUUGAUUAUAGUAUUAUCACCUGCUGUAAUGAUGCUAUUUAUAUAUCUUACCUGGCAAUUUAGACAAAGACAAAAGAAAAGAAACGAUAUUGCACCUAUUCAUUUUGUAUCUAAAUUACCUACUUAUCAAUUUCGACGGGAAAAGAUGAUAGAUACAGUACAUAUUGAAUGUGCUAUUUGUCUUGAAGAUUAUAUAGAAGGUGAACAAUUAAGAAUAUUACCUUGUAAACAUGAAUUUCAUGCUAAGUGUGUGGAUGCAUGGUUAACGUCACACAAGAAAUUUUGUCCAAUAUGUAAAUUUGAUAUUUGCCAAAAGAUUGAAUCAAAUGAACGUACGCCUCUUUUAAAUGCAUAAUAAUA